AUGCAACUAUGGGUAUGGGGUUUACUGUGUUUAUGUGCUCCUGUCUACGCAGAAGAUUUUCCUUCUUUGAUUACAGCAAAUGCUUCGAUAGCUGUUGUAUUAGAUCGGGUAUAUCUAGGCGAAAAGCAUCAAUCGGUUUUGGACGAAUUAAAAGAUUACAUCAAGGAGUUAGCAAGGGUUGAGUUGAAGCAUGGAGGUGUUAUUGUUUAUUACUAUUCCUGGACGGUCAUUAAUCUGAAAAGAGGUUUUCUAGCUGUAUUUAGUGUUGCAUCGUGUGAAGAUACGUGGCAAUUGUUUUCUCGGACCGAAGAAGAAGAUGUGUUACUCUUCGCACUGACAGAAGUGGAUUGUCCUCGGCUACCGUCACGUGCAGCCAUAACAGUCACAUAUUCAGACCCUGGUCAGGAGUUACCUCAACUGCUUCUAGAUUUGCGCACUUCCAACGCUUUUCAGUGGAAAUCGGCCGUUAUACUACAUGAUGACACUUUGAAUCGGGACAUGGUGUCGCGAGUUGUGCAGUCCCUGACAUCGCAGAUAGACGAUGAAAGGGCUUUAACUGUGUCCGUCUCCGUGUUUAAAAUGAGACAUGAAGUCAACGAGUACCUGAGGCGAAAAGAGAUGCAUAGAUUACUCUCUAAACUACCUGUUAAGUACAUAGGUGAAAAUUUCAUAGCUGUAGUGAAAUCAGAUGUUAUGACAACUAUGGCGGAGGCUGCCCGAGACCUGGUCAUGUCCCACACAAGGGCGCAGUGGCUGUAUGUCAUAUCCGACACGAACUCAAGGAAUAGCAAUUUUAGUAACUUUAUCAAUGAUUUGUACGAAGGAGAAAAUGUUGCCUAUAUUUAUAAUGUGACUGAUGAUAGUCCGGAUUGUAAGUAUGGGCUAAUGUGCUAUUGCCAAGAGCUGAUGGACGCGUUCAUAUCAGCACUUGACGCAGCAGUACAGGAUGAGUUCGACGUCGCUGCUCAGGUGUCUGAUGAGGAGUGGGAGGCCAUCAGACCGAACAAAAUACAGCGGCGGGAUAUGCUUUUGAAACAUAUGCAGCAAUAUAUCUCAGCAAAAGGUAGUUGUGGCAACUGCACUAUGUGGCGGGCUCUAGCAGCAGACACAUGGGGAUCCACCUAUCGUGGUUUCUCGGAAGGUCCUGAUCCAUCUACAGCAAUGCUGAAUGUUUCCACCGGUAUUAUUGAAAAUAUUGAGUUAUUGAACAAUCCUCCGUGGACGAUAUUGGAAAGGAACGAGUCUGGCUCCAUUAUAAAUUUCAGUGGUUUGAUGUUCGAUAUUCUGAACCAGUUGGCAAAAAAUAAAAACUUCACAAUAAAAGUGAUACUAUCAAGUGCUAUAAAACAAGAAGCUGGUAUUAACAUUACAAUUGCGGGUGACACGAACAGCCUGAAUGCUAAAUUGGCAAUAGCCGCGAUAGCUAAAGGCCAAGCAGCCUUGGCUGCUGGCGCUUUUACUGUGUCAUCUAACCCUGUACCUGGUAUAAAUUACACUAUACCAGUUAGCAUACAGUCGUAUGCAUUCAUAAUUACGCGACCGAAGGAGCUUAGCAGGGCUCUGUUGUUUCUACUACCGUUUACAACAGACACAUGGCUGUGUCUCGGACUAGCAGUUAUAUUAAUGGGCCCAACACUAUACGCGGUCCAUCGUCUGAGUCCUUACUAUGAGGCAAUGGAAAUCACCCGCCAAGGAGGUCUUGCGACAAUACAAAAUUGUCUAUGGUACAUAUAUGGCGCUUUAUUGCAACAAGGUGGUAUGUAUCUACCCAGAGCGGACAGUGGUCGACUGGUUGUUGGCACCUGGUGGUUGGUUGUCUUGGUUGUAGUAACUACUUACUCAGGCAACCUGGUGGCUUUCCUUACUUUCCCGAAGCAGGAGGUCCCCGUGACAACUGUGGCAGAUCUACUGCACAACCGAGCUUCGUAUACUUGGUCGAUCACCAAAGGCUCUUAUUUAGAGAUGGAAUUAAAGAAUUCAGAUGAACCGAGGAACAUAGCUUUGCUAAAAGGUGCGCAACUUGUUUCAAGUGCAGGUGAUAUGGAAGGGACCGCAUACUUUGAUCCGAACCUGGUACAACGCGUACGCCAUCACCGUCACGCAAUCAUCGACUGGAAACUGCGUUUAUCUUACUUGAUGAGUGCCGACCGUCACGAGUCCGAAUCCUGCUACUUUACACUAAGUGUUGAAGAGUUCUUAGAUGAGAAAGUGGCAAUGAUUUUACCAGCUGGCAGUCCGUAUCUUCCUGUUUUUAAUAAAGAAUUAGACCGAAUGCAUAAGUCAGGCCUGAUCAUUCGUUGGUUAAACGCCUACCUCCCGAAGCGCCAUCGCUGUUGGAAGACUUCCUCUGUCGCUCAAGAAGUCAACAAUCACACUGUCAACCUCAGUGAUAUGCAGGGAUCUUUCUUUGUCUUAUUUAUGGGUUUCUUCUUGGCAUCAACGGUGCUGCUGUGCGAGUAUUUAUACAAUAGACACAAACGACGCAGUGAGAACAGAGUUAUCAAGCCUUACAUUGAAUAA